UUUUAAAAAUCUCCACCUACUACCCACAUUCCAACCUUAACCCCCUUAUAAAAGUCAAGCAAGCAUCCUCCAACAAGGCUCGACCAAUCAAAAGCCUCGACUUCAAACAUCAUUUUCAGCCGCUCGUUUUCAGCCAACUCAACGGCUCAGAUUAAACUACUAGAAUCUUCGUAAACCCCGUCUUCUUUAUAUCAUCUUCAUUUUUCAUUCAAUAUCAUUGACUGAACUUGUGCUCUCCUCGUGCUCACCUUUCUGCAUUUCUGUGAUUCUUCAUCUCAAUUUCCAUUUUUUCAUCUUUUCAGACUUCAAUAUAAGCCAUGGGGAAGAGCUACCCAGCUGUUAGCGAGGAUUACCAGAAAUCUAUUGAGAAGGCCAGGAGAAAGCUUAGGGGUUUGAUUGCUGAGAAACAAUGCGCUCCUCUCAUGCUUCGUCUUGCAUGGCACUCUGCUGGUACCUUUGAUGUGCAAUCAAGGACUGGAGGACCCUUUGGUACAAUGAGGCACAAGGCUGAGUUGGCUCAUGGUGCCAACAAUGGGCUUGACAUUGCUGUUAGAUUGUUGGAGCCCCUAAAAGAACAAUUCCCCAAUAUCUCUUAUGCCGACUUCUACCAGUUGGCUGGAGUUGUAGCUGUUGAGGUCACUGGUGGACCUGAAGUUCCCUUCCACCCAGGCAGAGAGGACAAGCCAGAGCCACCCCAAGAAGGCCGGCUCCCUGAUGCCACCAAGGGUUCUGACCACUUGAGGGAUGUCUUCAUCAAGCAAAUGGGUCUAACUGAGCAGGACAUUGUUGCUCUCUCUGGAGGCCACACCUUGGGGAGAUGCCACAAGGAGCGCUCUGGUUUCGAGGGACCUUGGACUGCCAACCCACUGGUCUUUGACAACUCCUACUUCAAGGAACUGUUGAGUGGUGAGAAGGAAGGUCUCUUGCAACUACCAUCUGACAAGGCUCUUCUGUCUGACCCUGUCUUCCGCCCAUUUGUUGAGAAAUAUGCUGCUGAUGAGGAUGCAUUCUUUGCUGACUAUGCUGAAGCACACCUGAAACUCUCCGAACUUGGGUUUGCUGAUGCUUAAGCAGCUGGAGAUUUUAAAGAGAGGGUAGCAUCGCUGCAUCUUUUGGUGUUUUGCAUUUAGAAUAUGAUGUGGCCAUAUGGGAGUUCUUUUAGCACAUACGCAUGGUUGCCUUGCGUGAGGGUUUGGACACUCUUUGUAUCUUUUUGCGAGUGAUGGUUUUUGGAGUGUGUAGAAGAGCUUCUAGUUUGUGUUUCGGUUGGUCAUGAUGUUGAUCAUUUUGCUUCGUUAAUAAAAGAUGGAUAUCGAUGUUAGCCAAUGUUCUGAUUUGCGUUUUAUACCUUAUGCAAAUUUUAGUGUUUGUUGAUGCUCAA